GUAACGUUAGGCCAAGCUACUGAGGUUGCGCUGUUGGAAGCCACAAUACUUUCGCAACAUUUCGCUAUGCUACGCCCCAAAGAACGGAAGAAAAACACACUAGCUGUUGUCUGCAACCUACCGAGGCUUGUUCUGUCGGGAUAUCUAGCUCCCGCUCUCCGAGAAAUGAGAAGCGUUGUUUUUUAAGCGUAUUUCUUUCUGGCAAGAAUCCCACAAAACGUGAAAGGCCGUCGCUGGAAGUAAACGACUCGUCGGAGAAGCUAUCUGUGUGUCUGGAGCAAGGACUAGCAAAACAAACGACAAUAUUGAGGCCGCUUUAUUGUAGGUUUUACUUUUCGGCUGGUCUUAUAACAUCGUAUUACGGUGUUAUGACAAAGACAGUCUGAGUCGAGCGAGGACCGUGAUUUCCUUCUCCGCUUGGCCAUGCGAGGAGCUCCAAUUGACGUAGAAGAAUGUUUCACCUUCUCCCGGCGCUAGCUCAGCCGCGGCUCCAUGGCCAACAAUAACAACAUGCUCCUGGCCUCUGUCGUGGUGGUGUGGGAAUGGCUGAAUGAACACGGACGGUGGCGGCCCUACAGCCCCGCCGUCUCCCACCAGAUAGAGGCGGCCAUCCGGAGCAGUGACCCCCGCGGAGGGAGCGUUGUACUCGGCCAGGUGGACAGCCGGCUAUCGCCGUACAUCAUAGAUCUCCAGUCCAUGCACCAGUUCAGACAGGACACAGGAACCAUCCGUCCCGUUCGGAGGAGUUUUUAUGACCCAGCCUCAGCCCCGGGUCAGGGCUGGCAGUGGGAGUGGGAAAACGAUGCAGGUACGUGGACGGCCUACGACAUGGAGGUGGCCAUCGCCAUCGAGAACGCCCACAGUCGGCAGCAGCCCUGCCUCGACCUGACUCCGCUCGGCUUCUGCUACCUCAUCGAUUUUCAGAACAUGACACAGGUGAACAGACAGAGCCAGAGGUGUCGGAGGCUGCAGAGACGCGCCGACAUGGCCUACCCUCUAGUGUCCAGUCCUCUCCCAAUACCAAAGGGAAGCGGUGCAGGAGGAGGCAUAACAGGAGCCCUGCUGGGUGUCGGGGUGUCGGGGGCAAGCUCUUUCUACUCCAAUGGGGGCUUACAGGCUACUGGAUUGGGCCAACCUUGCUCCUGCCAGCAGUGCAUGCUGGUUCUUAGCGUAAAGUCCAAUACAGGAGGAGCAGGGGCACAGACUCUAGGUAGACGCUCACUAACCAUGCAGCGGCCCAAGAACUCAGCGCCCGUGGUCUCUAAACCCCUGAGUCCGUCUAAAUCAGCCACUCUGGGGCGAGGACUGCAGCAGAACUCCAACUCCAACUCCAACUACUAUCAGACGCUGCCGCACGGUCUCGCCAUCUCCAAAAACACCGCCUCUCCAAGACGGAACGCCCAGCUGUUUGCUCAGUCGCUGGCUGCCCUCACCGCUGGCACCUCCGCUCUGGGAAUCUCCUCGUCUUCCAACAGGCCGCCUCCGCCGUCCCUCCCGCCUCCCCAGCCUCCAUCAUCCAACCCCAACUUGAUCCCCCCAUCCGUUCUGGCCAAGCACUCCUCAUCUUCUGCCAACGAGUCAGUGCCAACCGCCACAUUAAUUACCCCUGCCAACAGCGUGACCACGCCCCCUUCUCCUGUGCCAUCUCCGUCGCCGAUGGUGAUGAAGCCGCAGCGCCCACCGACGUCCGUGGCAACGGUGUGCCACGCCCCGUUGCCACCGAGAUCAAGCUUGGCCGGGCUGAGCCGACCGGCAUUACAGAGGAUUGCGAUGGCCCAAUCCAGAGCGCUCAUAGCAUCAGGUGUGCCCACCGUCCCAGUGAAGAACCUCAAUGGAUCCAGUCCUGUUCACCCUGCACUGGCCGGGAUCACAGGUAUCCUAAUGAGUGCUGCCGCUCUGCCGGUGUGUCUGACUAGACCUCCAAAACUGGUGCUGCACCCUCCGCCUGUCAGCAAGAGCGACAUCAAACCCGUGCCAGGCUUUGGCCACUGCUGCAGGAAGACCACCAAGAAACAGGCUCGCAAGGGUAAAACUCCAGAGGAGGUGGUGAAGAAGUACCUGCAGAAAGUAAAAAGUCCACCCGAGGAGGACUGUACCAUCUGUAUGGAGCCGUUGGGGGGUCCGUCUGGUUAUAAGGGUCCAGGUGUGGGGCCUGUGUCUCGGGCAGAGUCAGUUGGGCGACUAGCACAGUGUGGACACCAGUACCAUUUCCAGUGUCUGGUGGCCAUGUAUAAUAAUGGCAACAAGGACGGCAGUCUCCAGUGUCCCACCUGUAAAACCAUCUACGGUGUAAAGACAGGCAACCAACCGGCAGGGAAGAUGGAGUACCACGUCAUCCCCCACUCUCUACCAGGACAUCCUGACUGCAAAACCAUACGCAUUAUCUACAACAUACCACCAGGCCUUCAGGGACCAGAGCAUCCGAACCCAGGGAAGCCAUUCACUGCCAGAGGCUUUCCCCGACACUGCUACCUCCCAGACAGCGAGAGAGGACGCAAGGUACUGAGACUGCUCCUGGUAGCCUGGGACCGCAGGUUGAUCUUCUCGGUUGGGACUUCGAGCACCACCGGAGAGUCUGACACCGUCAUCUGGAACGAGGUCCACCAUAAGACAGAGUUUGGCUCCAACCUGACAGGCCAUGGCUUCCCCGACCCGGGGCACCUGGACAACGUCCUGGAAGAGCUCCGAGCUCAGGGCAUCACACAGGACGACGGACUGAUGGAAAAGUGAAAGGACAAGCGACCAGGACAGCGGAGGAGGAGGAGGCAUCCGUGUGGGAGCAGCAGAGAGUGGGAAGGGAGAACAGAGAGCAGAGAAGGAGAGCGUUAAAAGGAGGAGGUCCAUGGGCCGAGACACACACUCUCUCUGCCAGCACUUAAAAAGGGGUGCAGGGGGACGUUUCGGGUUAUAGAAGACAUUGAUUUUGUUUUGCAGAGGGAACCACUUUUCAAGAUGUCGAUUGAGUCACUGCUGGGUUCGCCUGUCAAAUACAAGUCAGUCCAAACUUCACCGUUUUCAGGCAAGCACAUCAGUAGCAGUGGGAAAGAGUUUGAGAAAAGCUGCAGCACAGAAAGAAAAGCAACGCAGAAAGGGGAGGAGGCUGAGAAACAAGCAGAAAGAAUGAUGGCACUCACGGUUUCAGACAGCUAGGUACUAAAUGUUGACAAGUGAGAAUGACGUGGUACUAAUAUUUAGGACAAAAACAAGUUCACUUUACUGAGAGCGAGUAACCCGGAACAGAAAGUACAUUUUAGAGCAGUUCAAUAAAAACUGGGAGAGAAGGGACAAAGAGAGAAAGAAGUUGGAGCGGUGGGGGAGGGGACAGGAGGAGGGGAAAGCAGGAAUAACGUAGCAGAAAGAGACAAAGAUGGUGUACGGAUGUAGCGUAGGAUAGGAGCAGAGUAAAAAUAACUUGUAUGGUACUUAACAGGUACAAUGGCUAUUAUUUAAAACACCAGGAGACCAAGAGUGAUGAAGGGGAAACAUGACUGUUUGCUUUGUUCGAACCACCUGCUUGUCUGCGGUUGGAGUUUGGUGCUGUUGCUCCCUCCUGUGGUGGAACCGAAGAACUACACCUCAGCCUGCAAGCUACUGGAACAAAUCCACACGUUACUAUGAGUUUAUCCACCUGUGUUACUUUUGAUCAUUGUUGCUAUAAUCCUCAUUUAACGUCAUUCCAUACUUUACCUCCUUCUUUUGACUUGAUGGGUUUCUAUAUGAUCGCACCUCUGUAUGUUUAUGAUUGUGUGUGUAAUGACAAAAGACCAAACUAAGGCCUAGUCAUUUGGGCCUAUUCGGAGUCUUACUAUUGAGCCACUGUGGUACAAGUUAACCUUAGAUACACAGGUACUAGUAUUUACUGAUAAAUCUUUUUAUUUUUUUUGUCCCUUUUUGACGGCUCACAUCGUUUCCGUGGAUGUAAAUGUUGUAUCCUGCCAACAGCGUGGCACCAGUGAGAACCGGUGAGGAUGUGAAUACUAACAUGAUGAAGAUGAGCAUUUUGGAUGGGUGCGUAGAAGUGCUGAGGAUAGUUUGGUUCUGGUUGAAUGAGCGUCACCGUCAGUGCUUAAACUCCAGAGAAAUGAACCUGUGGCUGUCCCGUUAGAAAGCCCCCUCAGAUUGGACGGGGGGGUAUGAGGGGAGGAUGGAGAGGGUUACCCUGACAGUACCCAUUACUACUGAGGAGAAAAAGCCCUCAAUACAAUAACGAAUUUAAGUUGACAACUUGUCAAAGGAGACUGGGAUUGGUAGUGUCAGUGUGAUGUUGUUAGUAUCUAGUACCCACAGCAAACAGUAAUCAUCACACUAAACAGGCAUGGCAAUUACCAUCUCAUGUGUAAUCAAAGAUACUUACAGUAAUAAAGACUAUUUCCUCGUUUUUACUUGAGAAGUUGAAUUGCAAGUCCCAAAAACUAGUUGUAGACCAACUAAAGGAAACAUAUCGCAAAAGGACUUGCUCCUGAUUGGCUGGCAUCACUUAGAAAAUAGCUGAAAUCUGUCCAAUAAGGCCAGUUUGCCGCAUCUGAACCAGGAGGCUGGGUUAACCUCAUUCAAGUCAAAUGAGCUGCUAUGUAGGCCAAUCAGUAAUGUGAGUUCUUUUCUGUAAGGACGUUCCAAUUCAUGUGAGAAUUUUAAUGAAGUCGAUAAUUGUUAUUGUAGCUGUUUUUGCAGCUUUUUAGGACAAAAUGUCACAAAGAGCAUUAUUUUGCUCCUGUGCCAGAGGAGCAAUGUGUUCGGAAAAAGCCAACUUGUAAAGGAUACACAAAACGGGACCUUUAAAUGGUUGUUGACCUCAGUUGGUAUCACUAGUAUGAUUUUUAUCUCAACAACAUUGAUAACAGCUCUCCUUUUACCUCUACCUCUUCACACUCCCCUUCUCUUUGAGUUGGGUCUGUAAAUGAAAUGACCCCAUAUCACAAUGUGUGUGUGUGUGUGUGUCUGUCUGUCUGUAUGUGUAUGUGUGUGUGUGAGAAAGAGAAUUUAUACACUAUAUGGUAUACUACCAACAUGCUCCGAGUUUACGAUAUUGUUUCGGUACUCCCUUCUUUAUUAUUUAGUUAUUUUAUUAUGAAAUGUAGUUACACCUUUGUUUUUUUUAAUAGCAUUUCUUUUGACACUAUUAGAGAGUAAACUACAUAUUUCAUUCCGUAUGUUUAAUGUUGUGUUAAUUAUGCCUGUUUUCAUUUGUUACAAUUGGUUUACAAAGGCAGUAUUGUUAAAUACAUUGUCUUUUUUUUUUUCAAUGUGUGAAGAAGUUAAAGCGGAUUUGUUUCAUCUUUUCUUUGGAAAAGGAAUUUGAUGGUAGACUUUUAUUUGAGUGUGAAAUGUAAUUCAUUUUAAUAGCAAGUCAAAACCUGACACACGUGCUCUUCUGUGAAGUAAAUAAUGCUUUUAUUUUCUACAUAUCAUCUAUCCUGCUACUGUUGUGUAUUGAUGUCCAAAUGAAGAUUGGUGAUGGCCAAAUCGCCGUCUAGCGGGGGUCAACAAAUCCAACUGGAUGGUACAGCUACAUUUAGACAUCACUACUGUUCUGCACUGAACCUUGAUCUGCCUACCAGAGCUCUCAGCAUGUGUGACCCGGGAAGGUUUCGUAGCAGAUGUGUAGAUGGACAUUGUGGUCUUAGUCUUAUGCCCGCCCCUCUUUAAGCAGCUGAAUGGUUCAAGUGCAGGUGGGCAUGAUGAAAAUGGUUAUUUUAAAGAUUGUGAAAUAUAAUAAAAAUCACAAUUUCCUCCUG